AGAAAAUUAAAGAUUCACCACUUGCUUAUGUGAGUCGGGAAAUUUUUUCGGACGCACAUUAUUAUUAUCUAAUAAUAGAAUUGAAGAUCGUUUUCCUUUGCAAUCGGCAGAGAUUUUUUAAAUAAUAUUUAGACAUUCAUUUUGCUUACUGUUAGUCGACUAGCAACCUCGGGCACGGCGACAACUGCCAAUAGAGACUUAAAGUUAAUUUUUUUGUUGUGAAGAAGUAAUUCAAAACUCCUUUCAAAAUGUCCGACGAAGAGGAAUAUUCAGGAGAUGAUCCCGAGUUCAUUAAACGCCAAGAUCAAAAGAGAUCUGAUCUCGAUGAACAAUUGAAAGAAUACAUUAUGGAAUGGCGUAAACAGCGCUCAAAGGAAGAAGAUGAACUCAAGAAGCUCAAGGAGAAGCAAGCUAAGCGCAAGGUGUCUCGUGCUGAAGAGGAACAACGUAUGGCUCAACGCAAGAAGGAAGAAGAAGAACGUCGUCAACGUGAAGUUGAAGAGAAGAAACAACGUGACAUUGAAGAAAAGAGACGUCGUCUCGAAGAAGCCGAGAAGAAGCGUCAAGCUAUGCUUCAAGCCAUGAAAGAUAAGGACAAGUCAAAGGGUCCAAACUUCACCAUCCAAAAGAAGGAAGGAUUCGGUGUUGGCACAGCUGCCAUGGAACGUAACAAGACCAAGGAACAAUUGGAAGAAGAAAAGAAGAUUUCAUUGUCCUUCCGUAUUAAGCCAUUGGAAGUUGAUGGCUUGAGCGGCGAAAAGUUGCGUGCUAAGGCUCAAGAAUUGUGGGAAACCAUUGUUCGUUUGGAAACAGAGAAGUAUGACUUGGAAGAAAGACAAAAACGUCAAGACUACGACUUGAAGGAAUUGAAGGAAAGACAGAAGCAACAGCUCAGACACAAGGCCUUAAAGAAGGGUCUCGACCCAGAAGCCUUGACUGGCAAGUACCCACCAAAGAUCCAAGUCGCCUCCAAAUACGAAAGACGUGUUGAUACCCGCUCAUAUGAUGAUAAGAAGAAACUCUUUGAGGGUGGAUUCGACAACAUCUACAAAGAAGUCAUUGAGAAGACAUGGUCCGAACGUAAAGAUCAAUUCUCAGGACGUCAAAAAUCAAAACUUCCAAAAUGGUUCGGUGAACGCCCAGGCAAAAGAGCCGGAGAUCCCGAGACUCCUGAAGGAGAGGAAGAUGCCAAGGUCGGAGCUGAAGAGGAAGAACUUGAGGAAGAAGAAGUUGAAGAAAAACACGUCGAAGUUGAGGAAGAAGAAGAAGAGGAGGAAGAAGAAGAAGAAGAGGAGGAAGAAGAAGAGGAAGAGGAGGAAGAAGAAGAAUAAACACGGAAAAAUGGAACCAAAAAUUGUCUUUAUCAUUUCCUUUUUUACUUUAAUUUAACGGCUCUUUUCGUUAUAAUUUAAUUACUCUAUUCUGCUCAACAUCUGAAAUAAGUUUAUAAUAAAGGAAAUUUCAUCUUACUAA